GGCUCCGUGUCAUUUUCAAGCCUCCAGCACCCCAAAUUCCGGGCCUUCCUCAACCAAGUUGGAAUCCCGGCGAUUUCUCGCCGGGACUUCACCAGUUCCCGAUUGAACUCCAAAUUCGAGGAGGCCAAAGCAGAGUCCGAGGUUAAGAUUCGCGACGCCAUGUUCUUCCAGCUCGCCUCCGACGGAUGGAACGACAAAAACUACGCAGUUUUCGGCCUCGACAAAUUGGUCAAUCUCACCGUUAAUCUCCCCAAUGGCACUAGCCUCUACCGCCGGGCGGUGUUCGUCAGCGGCUCUGUUCCUUCCACUUACGCUCAAGAAAUCUUAUGGGAAACAAUCGCCGAUAUUAGUGGGAAUAUCGUUCAUCAGUGUGUGGGGAUUGUAGCAGAUAAAUUCAAGGCCAAAGCGCUGAAGAAUUUGGAGAAUCAGAACAAUUGGAUGGUUAAUCUCUCUUGUCAGUUUCAGGGUUUUUCCAGUUUGAUCAAGGAUUUCAGCAAACAGCUCCCAUUGUUCAACUCUGUCACCGAGCAUUGUAUCAAGCUCGCUAAUUUUGUCAAUUACAAGUCCCAGAUUCGAAAUUGCUUCCACAAAUUUCAGCUUCAAGAGUACGGCCACGCUGCUUUACUCCGGGUGCCCCCCCGCUACCAUGAGAAGCUCAACUUUGGCCCUGUCUUCACUCUAAUGGAGGACAUUAUCAACUUCUCUCGAGCUCUGCAGCUGGUUGUGCUCGACGAGACCUUCAAAAUCGUUUCCAUGGACGACCCAAUCGCCAGAGAAGUCGCAGAAUUGAUUGGUGAUGUGGGGUUUUGGAAUGAGCUAGAGGCAGUCCACUCUCUGGUAAAAUUGGUGACAGAAAUGGCUUGUGAGAUUGAGAAGGAGAGGCCGCUGGUUGGGCAAUGCCUCCCAUUGUGGGAUCAGCUGAGGGGUAAAGUCAAGGAUUGGUGUUCAAAAUUCCAGAUUGCCGAAGGGCCUGUCGAAAAAGUGAUCGAAAAGAGGUUCAAAAAGAACUACCACCCCGCUUGGGCAGCAUCAUUUAUUCUCGACCCGUUGUACUUGGUCAGAGACAGUAGCGGGAAGUACCUGCCGCCGUUCAAAUGCCUGAGUCCUGAUCAAGAGAAGGAUGUGGACAAGCUCAUAACCCGGCUGGUGUCGAGGGAGGAAGCUCACAUUGCAUUGAUGGAGCUUAUGAAAUGGAGAACAGAAGGGCUUGAUCCAGUGUAUGCUAGAGCUGUGCAAAUGAAGGAGAGAGACCCAGUGACAGGGAAGAUGAGAGUGGCCAAUCCACAGAGCAGUAGGCUUGUUUGGGAAACUUAUCUCACAGAAUUCAAGUCCUUAGGGAAAGUGGCAGUGAGGCUCAUCUUCCUCCAUGCCACUUCCUGUGGAUUUAAAUGCAACUGGUCUUUAUUGAGAUGGGUGGCUUCUCAUACUCACCAAAAGGCUGGUAUUGACAGGGCACAGAAGUUGAUAUUCAUAUCCGCGCAUUCGAAGCUCGAGAGGAGGGAUUUUUCCAGCGACGAAGACAAGGACGCCGACCUAUUCUCCUUGGCCAAUGACACAUUUGACAAAGAUCUCCUCGGACUUGAAAGACCACCUUAACACACACAACAAGUUGAGUUGUAGGAUGAACAACUCAAUGCCUAGUGAGUACAGUCGAUCUUUUUGGCAUCCGAACGAUGUUGAAAAGGAACGAUAUGGGAACCAUCUGGCCGCCGGAGGCGAGUGGUAAUGGAGGUAGCUCGGGGCGGGGGCAAAGCGGUAGAGGAGGAGGAGGAGAAAGGGGGAAGCUUUUUAGCUGGAGAAGCACUUUGGGGAGUGAAUGUGUUACACAAUCUGAGUCCAAAGUUGUGCUGGUCUUUUGGUGUGGAGACCCACCAUUGAAAGAAAGCAGUGGAAGUCAUUUUCAGAGCUUUCGGUUAUGAAUUGGUGAUGGAGAGACAGAAAACCAGGGUGAGGCGUUUUGCUAUCAAAUCAAAGACUUUGUUGGUAACUUCUGUUUUAAACAUUCUAAGCCCUUGUGAUGUUUGUUUUUCAUGUAACCCCAUUUUGAAAACUCUGUUUUUCCAUAAAGGAAAAUAAAAGUGUCGAUAUG